AUGUAUCCCAAAAAGCCAGAUACCGACACAAUCAAACCUGCGCUGGUCGGAGCGGAUGAAGAGGUAGUUGAAGGCCGCUUCGACGAAAUCAACCUCAAACAAGACGACGAGAAUAAAAAUGAAGAGUUUAGCUAUGAGUCACACCGCUCUCCAUUUCCCGAAGGCGAGGCUGUCGUCCCCGAGACGGAUGACCCCGGUAUGCCGGUCAAUACGGUGCGGAUGUGGCUGCUAGGAAUUGUUUUCACUGUUCUAGGAUCCGGUAUUAACCAAUUUUUUUCGCUGCGGUAUCCGUCGGUUCAUAUUGUGGCUUUGGUAGCAGAGCUACUUGCCUAUCCGAUGGGUGUGUUCCUGGCGAAGACCCUCCCUCUGACAUCCAUCCGACUCGGGCCUUUGGGCACGUUCGUUGUCAACCCGGACAGGUCGUUUAAUAUCAAAGAGCACGCGCUUAUCGUUAUUAUGAGCAAUGUGUCUUUUGGAUAUGCCUCAGCAGACGCGACGAACAUUAUCCAAGCUGCCAGCAAAAACUUUUACAACUUUAAUCUCAAACCCGGCUUCUACGUGCUCAUAGUUCUCGUCGCACAACUUCUUGGAUUUGGCGUCGCAGGUCUUGCGGCUCCGUGGCUCGUCGAACCGGCUCGCAUCGUCUGGCCAGGUGUCUUAUCCAACUGUGCCAUGCUAGAGACGUUACAUUCACGAGCGAACUAUAUCGCAGACGGGUGGCGCAUAACCCGUCUCCGAUUCUUCAUAUAUAUCAUGAGUGGUGCCUUUGUCUGGUACUUCUUCCCUGGUCUUAUGUUCACCGCACUAUCAUAUUUCACUUGGGUUUGCUGGAUCGCACCAAAGAACGUCAUCGUCAACCAUCUCUUCGGCAUGCAAACAGGUCUCGGUCUGAGUCCAAUUACCUUUGACUGGAGCCAGAUCGCUUACAACACCAACCCUCUCCUAUCGCCAUCAUGGGCUGCGUUGAAUGUCUUCGCCGGCUUUGCGUUCUUCUACUGGAUUGUCACCCCCGCCCUCUACUACACCAAUACCUGGUUCACGGCUUAUCUCCCACUCAUGACAGCCGACGUAUACGACAACACGGGCGCUAUCUACAACACGGCUCGAGUCAUUUCUACGGAUAAUACUCUAGAUACGGUGGCUUACCAAAGGUACUCACCUCCAUACCUGAGCGCAACCUUUGCCUUCGUAUACGGACUUUCAUUUGCUGCCAUAACCUCGGUGCUCUCGCACAUCGCCCUGUGGCACAGUCGCGACUUGUGGGCAGCUCUCAGAGGCCGGAAUAAGCUCGAUAUUCACGCCCGGCUCAUCCGUGCCUCGUACCGCCGUACGCCGUGGUACUGGUACGCCGGCAUAAUCGUGGUUAUCAUGGCAAUGGCCAUCGCGCUAGUCGAAGUCUAUGGGACUAAACUUCCAGUUUACGGCGUAUUCCUAGCCUUGGUCAUCCCAGUUGUGUACAUGAUUCCCUGCGGUAUUGUACAGGGCAUUACGAACGUGGAUGCGAAUCAGCUGAACGUUUUGGCCGAGUUCAUUGGCGGAUACAUGUUCGAAGGAAAGCCACUGGCGAAUAUGAUCUUCAAGAUCAUUUCGACGGAUGUCGUGGGCCAAGGUGUUUACUUCGCUAUGGAUAUGAAAUUGGCUCACUAUUUGAAAGUGCCGCCACGUACCUGUUUCAUGGCGCAGUUCGUAGCCACUAUCCUGGGCGCACUCACCCAGGCUGGUGUUACACUUUGGAUGCUUGGUAAUAUUUCGGGGAUUUGCGAAUCUGACCAGGCAGAUGGGUUUACUUGCCCCAAUGGCCGGACUGUGUAUUCUUCGUCUGUUAUUUGGGGUCUUGUUGGGCCUGGUCGGCUCUACUCCGCGGGCAAGAUCUACUCUCCUCUGCUGCAUUUCUUCUGGAUCGGUGCUAUCGCUCCUGUUGUGACUUUCCUCCUCUACCGUUAUACUAGACGGCAGUUUUGGAAGUAUAUCAACUGGCCACUCAUCUUUGUCGGAACUUAUAACGUCCCACCUGCCACCGGAAUCAACUAUUCCAGCUGGGCGUUGGUCAACUUCGCCUUCAAUCACUUCAUUAAACGCCGGUUCUUUGCUUGGUGGACUAAGUACAACUAUAUCUUGGCAGCUGCACUUGAUACAGGUCUUGCGCUUAGUGGCAUUGUCAUUUUCUUUUGCAUCUCAUACCCUGGUGCGACUUUCCCUGACUGGUGGGGGAAUAAUGUGUACCUGAAUACUGCAGAUGCCCAGGGUGUACCAUACAUGCCGAUGCCGGCUGUUGGGUAUUUCGGGCCUGCUAAUGGAACGUGGAGUUGA